AUGGCUAUCUUACCUUGGACAGGCAAGCCACUGAGCCUCAAAGUCAUCGGCACCAAUGCUGGUACCUCAAUGGACGGUCUUGAUAUUGCGCUUAUGCAUUUUACUCAAGAGACGCCUCAAAGCCCAUUGAGAGUACGCCUGGUGCACGCAGGUGAAGUGGCGUUCGAUGGCGACUUGAAGAAAAGGGUCAUGAGACUGAUCAAAGAGAACAAAACGUCGCCAGAGGAGAUUUCGAUUGUCAACAUCCAGCUAGGCGAGUUUACAGCCAACGCCAUCAUUCACUUUGCUGAGCAAUAUGGCUUCUCCUUACAAGAUGAAGUAGACAUCAUCGCUGGGCAAGGUCAGACGAUUUGGCAUCUUCCUCUCCCCGAAAUGUUUGAAGGAGAUCAGCAAAGAGCACAUCUGGACAUGGCAGAGAUCUCUGUAAUCGCUGCCAAAACAGGUGUGACCAGUCUCUCUAAUUUCCGCGUCAGUGACAUGGCGCUCGGAAGACAGGGAUGUCCUUUGUUUGUGGCAUGGGAUGGACUAGUGGCAACACAUCCUACCAAAAAUCGCGCGGUCCAGAAUAUCGGAGGAAUCGCUAAUAUCACCAUGCUCCCUAUGGGCGAUGUUCGAAAAGGUUACGAUUUCGAUACCGGCCCAGGAAACGUCUUCAUCGACGCUGCUGUCCGCUACUUCACUUCGGGUCAGCAGCAGUACGACAAAGAUGGGGUCCUAGGAGCAAAGGGCACUGUCGAUGAACGUAUCGUUGAUGAGGUCCUGAAAGACCCCUAUUUCCUACAUGAUAUUCCCAAGACCACCGGACGAGAAACCUUCGGAGACCACAUGGCCGAAGAGAUCUGCAAAAAGAUGCUAGCUGAAGGCGCUCGUCCUGAAGACUGUGUAGCGACAAUCACACGUAUCACAGCAAAAGCGCUAGCAGAUGCAUAUGACCGAUGGGCACCGAAAGGUGGAAUUGACGAGGUCUAUCUUGGUGGUGGAGGAUCCUACAACCCAAACAUCAUCAACUAUCUCCGGGAGAGGAUGCCAACUACAACCUUCGCUUUCCUUGAUGAUUUGGGGGUGCCAACAGGAUCUCGUGAAGCUAUGGACUUUGGAUUUAAGGGCUUGGAAUGUAUGUUAGGUAGGUCAUUGAUUGUUCCGCAGAGAGUCGAAAGUUCGCGAGCGGGAAUCAUUGGCCAUAUACAGCCUGGCUCGGGCCUUUCCUUUCAUCGACUUAUGAAGCAUGUACAGGAUUUCUGGGGCACAUAUCCGCUGGAAAGGAGGAUGGAUCCCGUACUAGAGAUGGAGGUUCUGAGAGCGUCGGAAGCGGAAGGGCACAACGGCUUUGAACACACCAAGACAUAA